AUGGCUAAAGGCGGCAACCAGAUCGAGAAACUAGCAGAGGCACCAGUAGAGUUCGUCAAGGACGGAACUGCUUUUCUACAGAAAUGCAAGAAGCCCGGUAACAAAGAUUUCUUGAAGAUCGUCAGAGCCGUGGGAAUUGGUUUUGUGGCCGUGGGAGUCAUCGGAUACGCCAUCAAGCUAGUGCAUAUUCCAAUCAGAUACCUAAUUGUUUAA